UGACCUUUCUUCAAUAUUGUUCAUUAUAUCUUUCUCUCUCUUUUGUUCAUAGUGUUAUAUCUAACUCCUUUUGUGCUAUAUAAAGAAGUAGAAAAGUCACCAGUGUUUAUCACUGUUCCCACUUUCUCCAAAAAUGGGAAGAUCACCAUGCUGUGACAAGGUGGGUUUGAAGAAGGGACCAUGGACGCCAGAGGAAGAUCAGAAGCUCUUGGCUUAUAUUGAAGAACAUGGCCAUGGAAGCUGGCGUGCUUUGCCAGCAAAAGCUGGACUUCAGAGGUGUGGCAAAAGCUGCAGAUUGAGAUGGACUAAUUAUCUAAGGCCUGAUAUUAAGAGGGGGAAAUUCAGUAUGCAAGAAGAACAAACCAUCAUUCAACUUCAUGCUCUCUUAGGGAACAGGUGGUCUGCAAUAGCCACACAUUUACCAAAGAGGACAGAUAACGAGAUCAAGAACUACUGGAACACUCAUCUUAAGAAAAGGUUAGACAAAAUGGGCAUUGACCCUGUGACCCACAAGCCCAAGAACGAUGCCCUUGUCUCCACCGAAGGCCCUUCCAAGAGUGCUGCCAACCUUAGCCACAUGGCUCAGUGGGAGAGUGCCAGGCUCGAAGCAGAAGCAAGACUGGUCAGAGAAUCAAAACUACGUAGUUCUUCACACUCAUCAUCAUCAUUGCACCACACCCUAAUUGGUACCUCUGCAGUAUCAUCAUCAUCUUCUUCAGCUCCAAUGAUACCCCCAUCAUCACUUUCUCUUGAUCAUGCAUGGAACAAUGGUAGUAGCAUUAGUACUACUGUUAAUGCAACUAGGGUUAGUGAUCUUGAGUCCCCAACAUCUACCUUGUCUGAGAAUAAUGCACCACCAAUUAAUAUUACUAGUGUUAUUGAGUUUGUGGGUUCUUCAGAGAGAGGGACGGUGAAGGAAGAGGGAGAGCAAGAGUGGAACAAAUUAGGUUAUCAUGAAAGCUUCACCCAUUUGGGAGAAUACAAAGAUGGCAAGGAGAAUUCAAUGCCUUUCACGUCUAGUCUGCAUGAGUUGACAAUGACCAUGGCAACCACGUGGGGUUCUAGCACUAGUGGUGCACAUGCACAUGCACAUGUUGCUGAGGAGGGUUGUUUCACCAAUCUUUUGCUGAAUGCUAACUCCGGUGCCCGGAGUUUGUCGCCACAGGACGGUGGAGAGUCUAAUAAUUGUCACGAUAAUGCUCGUAACAGUGGCAGUGGUAGUAGCAAUGCUGACUUAUAUGAAGAAAACAAGAAUUAUUGGAACAACAUUCUUAAUUUGAUGAAUUAUUCUUCCCCUUCGGAUUCACCCAUGUUUUGAUUAAAUUGCUUUGGAAUUGGAAGGUAAAUAAAUCCUUUCACGUUUGAAUUUGAUCAAACAUGUAUUGUCAUGUUAAAUUCUUGUACCAGCCCUCUGUUAGAUGCUAUAAAUAUGUGGGGCUUGUUUAAAAUUUACAUAGAGAGAAAUAAAUACAAAAUUUCAACGUUACUUACGAAGAAGACCGGAGGGAGGGUCAAUUCUUGUGUUGGAACUUGGAAGUGUGUGAAUUGCGGCAUCUCUCCAUCAAACAAAAUCAAAGGCCAUUGAUUUUCUUCAGAAUGUUGCCAUAAGAAGAGAGCAUAGUCACGGGAAAAUGUUGAUUCCGAUUAGUAUGUUUUUAUUUUUGUCAAUGCUUUCACAUAGAAAAUUAAGUGUGUGUCGCUUCGUACGUGCAUCAAUCAAAUGUUCAUAUUAUUAAAUUUUUUUGGAUUUGACUUGAUUUUUACGUUUGUUUCCUUGUUGAGGAUAUGUUUCUGAAGACACUGAGGAUAAUGGAUGAUAGAGUAGUGCGUGAGUUGAAUGACUUUUUACUCUUUAGUAAUUACCCUUUGUUUCAAAUUGUAUACAAGAAAUAUCCAAUAAUAGAAGUAUUUAGUAUGGACUUUA